UUUAUUGAACUGAUCCGGCUUCCUUGUCGCAAGCAGCUAACCUACAUUCCUGCUGACAGCAGAGAUUCUUUAGGUGUGUGUCAGCUGACAGAUGUGUGAUGCUAUCAUGUUAGCUUCGGAGUUAACAGGCAGAUACUUUACCAAUUUAUCGUUUGACUCUUUAAUAGGUUGACCAAUUGGUGGGAAUCAUUUCGUGUGACCCAAACAUACGCGACCAAGGCGAGCAGGUUUACUAUUAAACUGCUUAAGUGUUUUGUUUUUUUUGUUUUUUUUUUUGUUUGGGUUUUUUUUUUAGCACUAGCAAGCUAGCAGCGAGGAAGCAAAUCUUCCUAGCAACCGUAGCUAGCUGUGACAGUGGGUUAGCUAACCGGCGGGCGUCUUCAUGGAGAGCUUUAAAGCUAAGCUUUCAAGAUUGGUCCUAAAUUAUGUAAACAGACUGUAGACGGGCGGCUUCUGUUAAGAUAAAUGUUAAUUAAAUGGCAAAAACCGAGCAGGGCAAUGGACUUGACUUGCGGGGCAGCACAGAGAAGUUGACAGAUAAUAGGAAAAGCAGCUUGUAUGGAUCUGACACAGAGGUAAACGGCAGUGCCAUCCCCGGGGAGGGACAGGUGGACAAGUACGGAUUCACCGGGGGAGCCCAGCAGUACUCCGGAGACUCUGCUGAAGAAAUCCCCACUGAGGUGCUGAGACAGCGGGAGGCAAAAUGGCUGGAGAUGCUCAACAGCUGGGACAAGUGGAUGGCCAAAAAACACAAGAAGGUGAAAGAGCGCUGUCAGAAGGGGAUCCCUCCAUCCCUGCGUGGCCGGGCCUGGCUCUACCUCACUGGGGGCAAGGUGAAAAGGGAGCAAAACUCGGGCAAGUUCCAGGAACUGGACAACCAGCCAGGAGAUCCCAAAUGGGUAGAUAUUAUUGAGAGGGACCUCCAUCGACAGUUCCCCUUCCACGAAAUGUUUGCAGCAAGAGGAGGUCAUGGGCAGCAGGACCUGUUUCGCGUUCUGAAGGCUUAUACUCUGCAUCGCCCUGAAGAGGGUUAUUGUCAGGCUCAGGCUCCCAUCGCUGCUGUUCUCUUGAUGCAUAUGCCAGCUGAGGAUGCAUUUUGGGUUCUUGUCCAGAUUUGUGAGAAAUAUCUACCUGGAUACUACAGUACAGGGCUGGAGGCGAUCCAGCUAGACGGGGAGAUCCUGUACGCUCUGCUGCGGCGGGUGUCCCCUGUAGCCCACCAUCACCUGAAGAAGCACAAGCUGGAGCCCACCUUGUACAUGACCGAGUGGUUCAUGUGUGCCUUCUCUCGGACUCUGCCAUGGGCCUCGGUGCUGCGUGUCUGGGACAUGUUCCUUUGUGAUGGAGUGAAGAUCCUCUUCAGGGUGGGCCUGGUUCUCCUGAAAUGCAUGUUGGGAUCCCAAGAGAAACUGAAGGCCUGCCAAGGUCUCUAUGAAACAAUGGGGCUGCUCCGAGCUAUACAGCCACAGUACAUGCAAGAAAGGUUCCUGGUGCACGAGAUUACAGAGUUAUCGGUGUCUGAGAAAGACAUCGAGAAGGAACAUCAUGCUCAGCUGCGGCGCUGGAAGGAGACUCACGGAGAUCUACGCUGUAAGUCCCCUCCCAGGAUGCACGGUGCCAAGGCCAUCAUGGCUGCUGAGCCACCCAGUCGACAGGACCUGCGACAGAGGCCCACCAUCAUUGUGGAGUCUCCCCUGGCAGCCAAGACAGAUGGGGUGCAAGCAAAGGACACAAAGGAAAGUAGAAAGGCUAAUGAGGAAAAGCAGAAGAAAACAAUCCUACCACCACAGGAGACAGUUAAUCUUUAUUCUCCUCCCAGUGACCCCUCACCUCUCCUCAAACACAUGACCAUCCAAGAGUCCAAAGAGAGUCUGAGCAGUGCAGAGCAUGACACUUACCUGUAGCGGGAUAAGAUUGACACCAGUUUACAUACAAAAAUCACAGCUGUUGGUGACAUGACAAACCUUUCCUUCACAUAAUGUGUCUGUAGCAGUCGUGACUCAGACAAGUUUUAGUAAAAUGUCUGCUUUUACUGUCAUGACACUCCAAGAAACGUUUUGGAAUUUAAAAUAAUUUUUAACUGCUGUAAAAGUAAUCACAUUUUCAAAUUUGGCAAAAAUGCCAUUGCUCAGACUACUAAGCAGUUGCAUUUCAUUUAUACAGGUUGCCAUACUACUACUAUUUACUUUUAACUAAGUAGCAGAGUCAUGGAUAGUUGGCGUGACAGUACAGUACAUUUUUAAAAUGUAAUGAUACUCAGAAACGUGUGAGUGCCAGGGAGCAACAGCAGAUGGCGACUGUGUGCACUUUGCAAACAUGUCUGUGAGGGUUAAGCCUGUGGGAAUAUGGAGCUAUCAGCUUCUUACGUAUCCAUGUAUGGAUACACACACACUAACUCUCUCCUUUGUUAUAAAUGAAGUCUGAUUUUCUUCUUAACCAAUGAGAUCUUUUCUAAAGCACUUGUCUUUCUAGUCUUCCUUUUUGCCUACAUUGGUCACUAUGUCGCCAAUGCAGAGAUUUGUAUUUAUCCUGCUUUGCUAGGCUCAGUCAUUCACAUUAAUUUGCAGACACAAAGUUUAUCAGUGUGUCUGUUUUGCACAGUCUCAUGACUGUUAUGCUGCAUCCAUGAGUUUGUCUCCGCUGUUGUUGAACACUUGAGGGCGCCGGGAGAUUAUCCCUCUGCCUCAGCAGUGACCAGCAGUAGUCUUACGAGAGCAAAAACUGACAAAAGCUGUGACUCUCAAAUGAAGGAAAACUUGUGCAGGGACAUUUUAUUGCCACAGAGCCAAAGAUUUUUAAUGCAUAUUUUUGAAAUGUAUUUUUUCCAAGGAGUUUAUUUAAUGAUAUUGUCGUACAGUAUUUAAUUGUUGUCGGUUUGGGAGAGCAUAGGGUUUAUAUUUAUGUUAUGAAUGAGCUAGGGUAAAAUACCAUUUUGAAGAAUGCCAAUACAAAGCUGUUUCUGUACAAUCAUGAUAAAAGGUUUUUUUUUUGGAUGACAAACAUGCUUUCAGUUGGAUUUAAAAACAAUUCCAAAAUCCAAAAACUACAAACUCAAUAUGAAGUUAAAAUCAUGUACAAAUAUAGUCUUCAGCAUUUCUUUUCUAAUGACAUUAAUAAGCUGAAAAUGAAUUGAGACAGUAGGUUACUCUGUUGUUUGAAAUUCAUGCCUCCACAUGAUUUUAAGGAUUUUUUUCCCCUUUAUGCAAAGGGCCUUUGAGUAGAUGUCUGACUAAUCUGUUUAAAAAAAAAAAAAAACAUUUGAGCAACUCACGAUAUUAAAAAACAAGGGAGCCAUAAACAUUUAAUAAUGACCAAAUAGUAUGUGUAGACACUCAUUUUACUUGGGAUAUUGCUAAUGAAGAAAUAAUUUGAAAAAACUGGAUUCAUAAGAAAUAAACAUUUAACCGUCCAAGUCCUGGAAAUUGCAUUAUUAACAAUGGCCUGUGUAACUAUAGGCCAGACUAUUUUUGCUGUCAAAGUUUUUAUGAAUAAUGGGAAAUGGUGGUUGGUAUGUGUUGAUUUUAAACACCGUGGAGAUGUUUUUUUUUUUUCAAGCUUAUGCCACAUGUUUAUUUUUUGUCUAUUAGGAAGCACGGUUUACCUGCCGUGUCCACUGAAGUUUUUUAUAUUUAGAUUUAAAACAUUUUAUUUAGAUCUGCAGCAAGAACACAGUACGCAUGCAGUGCAUCUGUGGAGUUUUUACUCUGAGCUUUCUAUACUUUCAUGUAGAUGGUGCCACUGAGUUUGAUCCAGGGAUUAGCUGUCUAGUCAUUCUGAAUGAUGCAGAAUAUACAGGAUGUGGUUUGCCAUCCAAAAACUUUAAGUUGAUUUUUUUUUUUCUGUAAGAUUCUAUUUCAGUAUUCAUCUAAAUAAUAUAAAAAAUUACACUCCAUUAGGUUGGUGGGACAUUCAUUUUUACUAAUCAUUGCAGCAGUUCUAUCAAAAGAUAACACUGAUUAAGCCAGGGGCUUGUAAAUUUGCAGCUUAUUCUGCUGUUUUAAUCGGUAUAUAGGACUUUAUUUCAGAUCUCUUUGCUCAUUUUAUUUAAAAUCAAAUUCUCGUGUACAAGCUGUUUUUGUACCAAAUUACAUUUAAAUCAAUAAAA